UGUUGGCGUACUCCAUAGAUUUGUGAGAGAGUAGACUUAAGAUUUAGGUGUUGGUGUGGGUUGUAAUCUUGUGGGGAUGUUCGCAUCCUACAUAAGUUCUUGUAUAAAUGUUUUUCUGCCUUCUAGUACAAAAGUAAGGUAUGCCACUGGCAUACUCUCGAAAAAAAAAAGGAUUAGGCACGUCUCUCCUUCUCCUGCUCUGCGCCGCUACUCCGUCCAAAGCAAAUCCCCCAAUGGCCGAGCCGGCGGCGGCGCCUACCGGAAUCGACCCGCGCAGCGGCUUCUGCGCGGCCACGCGGACCUUCCACAGCGUGCGCUCCAGCUCAGCGGACGCGCUGCCGCCGGAGUCACUCCCGAUCACGGCCGCGGCCUACGCCUUCUCGCUCCUCGCCUCCCCGCUCCCCGACCGCCCCGCGCUCGUCGACGCGGCCACAGGCAUUGCCGUCUCCUACCCAUUCAUCAUCGCCUCUGUCCGCUCCCUCGCCGGCGGCCUCUGGUCCUCCCUCGGCCUCCGCCCCGGGGACGUGGCCCUGGUCGUCGCGCCCUCGCGCCUCGAGGUCCCCGUGCUCCACUUCGCGCUCAUGUCCAUCGGCGCCGUCGUGUCCCCCGCCAACCCGGCCUCCACCCCCGAGGAGUACGCGCACCAGGUCGCCCUCUCCAGGCCCGUCGUCGCGUUCGCCGCCCCCGAGGUGGCCGACAAGCUGCCCGCCCACGUCAGUUGCGUGGUCCUCGGGUCGGAUGCGUACGAGAGUCUCUCCUCUGCAGGCGCGGAGGCAGCUCCUCCACCGGUGGCGGUGAAGCAGUCGGACACCGCGGCCGUGCUCUACUCGUCGGGAACGACCGGCCGGGUGAAGGCCGUCGCCAUCACGCACCGCAACCUCAUCGCACUGAUGUGCACGCACGCCGAGAACCGGAAGAGGGCAGCCGCGGAGGCCACCGAUGCGGGCAAGGAGCCGCCGCCGCCGGCCGUCACGCUGCUCCCGCUCCCCCUGUUCCACGUCUUCGGGUUCAUGAUGGUCCUGCGCUCCGUGUCCAUGGGGGACACGGCCGUGCUCAUGGAGCGCUUCGACUUCGGCGCCGUGCUGCGCGCGAUAGAGCGGUACCGCGUCACGCUGCUGCCCGCGGCGCCGCCCGUCCUGGUGGCCAUGAUCAAGUCCGAGGAGGCGCGCCGCCACGACCUCUCGUCGCUCCUCGUCAUCGCCGUCGGCGGCGCGCCCCUUGGCCGCGAGGUCGCCGAGCGCUUCGCGGCUGUCUUCCCCAGCGUCCAGAUUGUUCAGGGCUAUGGUCUGACGGAAUCAUCUGGCGCUGUCGCCGGGACGGUAAGGCCGGAGGAGUCCAUGAAGUACGGCUCCGCCGGCAAGCUGGGGUCGCGCCUGCAGGCGAAGAUAGUCGAUCCGACCACCGGCGAGGCGCUCGGGCCGGGCCAGCGCGGCGAGCUCUGGAUUAGGGGCCCACUCGUCAUGAAAGGUUAUGUCGGGGAUGACAAAGCAACUGCAGAAACAGUGGACUCACAAGGCUGGCUGAAAACUGGCGACCUUUGCUACUUCAAUGAAGAUGGAUUUCUCUACAUUGUUGAUCGUUUGAAGGAGUUGAUUAAGUACAAAGGAUACCAGGUGCCUCCAGCUGAACUGGAGCAUAUUCUACAAUCACAUCCUGGAAUCGCUGAUGCCGCAGUUAUCGGAUAUCCAGAUGAAGAUGCUGGGCAACUGCCAAUGGCUUUUAUAGUGAGGCAACCAGGUUCAAACCUUACUAGGCAACAAGUCAUAGAUUACGUGGCUAAACAUCAUGUUGUUGCAAAAGCUAUAGAGGACUGGUGGUGGGAUCAUCAAAUUGUAUCACUGCGUGCCAAACGAAGCCACAUGUCAACACACGAGCGAAUUCUACAUGUGUGGUUGCGCCCUACAAGAAAGUCCGCCGAGUGGCUUUCGUCAAUGCAAUACCGAAAUCGCCUGCGGGAAAGAUCUUGCGGCGCGAGCUUGUGCAGCAGGCCUUGUCCAUGGGUGCCUCCAAGCUUUGAGUGGUAGUUAUUCGCUGUGCAGAUGUAGACGAUUUCUUUUGUUAUAGGGACAUAAACCGGAGGUAUGACACUGUUCUUGCCCAAAAAUGAACCUCAAAUGCUCACCCUGUUUCCCUGUAAACACCGUGUAGCCCUUGGGACGAAAUGUAAAUUUUUUGAGUGAAGAGGGUGCAAGGAUCGUUCAUUCGUGCAGAGUCUGAUAAAAAAUGGCUCUUGUAAGGAUGGUUGAAAAGCUAUUGCUAUUGAUGAAUUCA